CAGCUUUGGUGGUGGUCAGCAGUGAUUGGACACACAGCUAGGAUUUUUGACUUCGGAUUGGUAACAGGAUUAGAACAGGAUGUUCCGAGGAGUGCUGGUGCUCCUGCUGGUGGCCUGCAGCCAGGUGGAUGCGGCCACCCAUGUCAACAUCUCGAUUGCACAGCAACCGGCCACAAAUCCGGCGGAUGUGAAGUACGUCGAUGGUAUGGCUCCGGCCGAGCUGAGGGCGGGUCCUCAGAGGGAUGAGGAUCAGCAGUUUCAACGCAUCCAGGAGCGACAGCAGCAGGUGCUAUCCCAGUCCCAGCAACAACAGCAGCAACAGGUGUCUCAAACCCAGCAGCAACAGCAGCCCCAGCAGCUGUCUCCUCGCCAGGGAUUGGGAUUGCAGCCGCCAGCUCAGGGUCAGUCACCUAUGUCCAAGAACGGACGACUGCCCCGUCGCCGGAAUCACAGCCGACGCCCCUCCAUCCACCAGCAGCCGCCGAGUCCUCAUAGUGGCCAGUUUCGACAGCGCAACCAGCAGCUCCGCCAGAACCAGGAGUUCGAGCGGUACAUCCAGUCCUACCACAGCCAUGGUCCCACCGUGGAGACGGUCUACGAGUCAUCGAAUCCGUCCCCGCAGCGCUAUACUCAAACCAGCUCCGGAAUAAGUUCGUCCUCGUCAGUGGACGAUGCUGCUCCCCAGAAACUGGUGACGAUUGGAGGACAUCGGUCGCAGCAGCUCCGCAUGUUCGAGCGCCAAGUUGCUGCUCCCGUUGCUACCCAAGGACAGAGUGCAAAUGUGGAGGCGGCCCAGGACAGCAAGCCCAUCUACGAGCCCCAGCAGGCUCCCAUUCAAACGGCCAACAUUGCGCCGGCGGUGAGCUCCAGUUCAUCCUCCUCCUCUAGCUCCGUCUCCUCCGCAUCAAGUCAACCUGCUGCCCCGGCGCCCGCUCUGCCAUCUGAUACUUCAUCUGCCUACGACUCCGCCACCAGCUAUAAUCGCCCAAGCUACGAUCCCAAUGGCUUCAGCUACGAAGAUGGACAGGAAGUGGAAUACCAGGAUCAAUAUCCGCCAGAGGUGGAUGAUGGCCAGGGGUACGAGGACUAUGCCGAUCCGUCGGGCUACCAGGGAGGUUCGGGCUACCUGCCGCCUGCUCCUGCCAGAGGCUAUGCUCCUCCACAGCGUCCCCUUGUCACCAAGACCAUUCAAAUAGUGCAGCCAGCUCUGAAGGCCAAGAAGUACGAAGUCCGUCAUCCAGCCAUCCAAAAGGAGUUCUACGACAUCGAGGAGCGAGUGGUGAUCAAGCCGGCGGGAACUCUGGUAGUCGAGCUGGAGCAUCCGGUUGCCAAGAUUCCCAAGGGAGAAACCCUGCUGCCUUUGGGACAUCCCCAUCCUGCAGUGGCUUCCGCCUACAGCAACAGCAAUAAUGGUCAAAUCCAGUCGUCGACAUAUAACAACAAUGUGCCCGAGUACAGGCCGUCCUAUGAUGCAGCUCCAGCUCUUGCCAAGGAUCAGCAGCCCACCACCAUCGGCUCCAGUGUGACCACAAUGCCUUCCUACGAUCAGCAGCCCAAAGAUGAUUUCGUGGAGUCCCGGCUGCAACAGCAGCAGCCACUCGGAGAUGUCACCGAUGGUGGAAAGAGCUCACCCUCCUUCAUAUCCGGAGUGGAUGCUAAUGGAAACGCCGUCAAGAUCAACGCCAAGCACCUCUCACCCAAGAUGAUCCAGCGUGCGGAACCGGAGCAGGAUUACUCCCGAUCGGGCCAGAGAGUCUAUCAGCAGAGGAACAACUUCAACCGCCAGCCAUACAACCAGGACGACGACUACUUCUCCGGCGAAUAUCUGCCCAAUGUGAGUGCCGGCAGUGUGGAGGCCAAACCAGCGCGACUGGAGCUGGCGGAGGAGAAGGAAGACGAGCGACCUACCCAGAUAAUCAAGCACGAGCACAAGAUUCACUUGCCGCCCUCGCAGCACAACAUUUACCUGGGACGCACCAGCCAAACGCCCCUCAAGGAGCGAAGGAUCCAGGAGGUGCCCGCCCAGGUGACCGAGAUAAAGCCCUACCUCAGGAACCACGUUGGACCCACUGUGUUGUAUUCAAAGUCACAAACUCCCAGGACGUACUACAGCCAGCCAUCCCGGCAGCGCGUUGCCGAGGAGCUGGACUACAGUGCUCCCUACUCCCAGAUGAGAUUCAGCCCCGACAACCACUCCUCCAGACUCGUCCAGUCGCCCCAGGUGCGAUACAGUACGGAGAGCCAGUCCUCGCGGCUGGUUGAGGCACCCAAACCAGAGGAGCAGAAGCAGGAGCCAAAGAAGGAGCAGCAAAACACCCACAUCCAAAUCCAGAUAGCCAGUGACCAGGAGAAGUCUGCAGUGGUGGCCACCACUAUUGCUCCGGACUGCGACAGGGGACAGCAGAGAGCAGAGCUGCGGCAGCAGAAGUCCCAGCGCCUGGUGGAAGCACCCAGUUCCGAGGUAUCCGCCACCCAGGCUACUCCGUCCCAAUCGAAGCCCCAGCCGGAUGUGGACGUCUCGCUUAAUGGAGCCGCUGGCCAUCUGAAACCCAACGAGAGGGUCAUCGCAGCAACAGCCGCGCCAACAGAUGCCUCCGCCACCAGCGAGACCUUCCACAAGCGCCGCAUCGUUGUCAAUCAUCCAUUCCAGACGGUACGCGAAGUGGUCGAGCACGAGCCCUUCACCAACUACCAUCAGAUUCAGGUGAACGAGCCGGCUCCGCCCUCGCACUACCACCAGGCCUACUACCAACCGGCGCUGCAGACCCACGGGAGUUUGGUCCAUUUCCAGACCUCGUCCGCCCAUGGCAAUCUAUACGGAUAAGGAAUUAGGAUUAGGGAAGGAUCCGAAGUCGACCAACGAACGAACCCGGCCAAUGCACUUCCUCUGCUAAUCGUUAUCUUAGUGUUAGGCUAGAUGCUAAACUUAUCAUGUACGCAAAUCCGGUGGAAGGGCCCUUUCCAUGAUGACAUGACCCUGAUCUUCUUUCGCAUUAAUUUGUUAUAAACGCGUAGGCUUAAGUGCAGUUUUACUUGCCAACAAUAAAGUGCAUAUAUAAUGCU